AUGAAGGCCUCAACUGUUGCAGCGAUUCUCGUCGCCGCCAGCAGAGUCCGUGCCCAAAUCAGCGUUCUUACGGGGGCGUUGUCAAAGGUGUCUGAUGGCGUUCAGGCUCUUGACAAUGCUACAACGAGCUUCGAUAUUGACGCCAUAAAGUCCAGGGGCGACGCGCUCAUCUCGACCAUAUCCUCGCAACGGACUGCGGUUAAUGCCUCAAAGGCUAUUACAAUUGCCGAUGCUUUGGGGUUGAAUGGCCCUGUUCAGCGGCAAAAUGACGACUUCGAAACUCUUGUCACCGACUUGAAAGCCAAGCGGCCUCAGAUUGAAAAGGCUAAUGCCUGUAAGGAUGUUCACUCGAGAAUUACCAAAAUUAAUGAUGGCUCUUUGGCCCUCAUUGAAGGCAUCAUCGCCAAAGUUCCCCAGGAAGCACAAAGCAUUGUUCGACAGGUUGCUACCGGCACAACCAGAACCCUAAACGACGCUGGCUCAGCAUUUUCGGAAUCCAACUGCAAGAACUCUGGGCCCACGACAACGACUUCCGUCUCGACGACCACCCCUACUUCAACGCCAACUGAGACGGGCGGCAGCGAGUCGAAGAAAACGCCAAUCGGAGGAAUAGUAGGUGGUGUUGUCGGCGGCGUGGCUGCAAUCGGAGCGAUUGGUCUCGCGGCCUUCAUCUUCCUUCGACGAAAGAGACAGCAGAAAUUAAAGGAGGAGCGCGAGAAUGCGGUUGAACUUGACACCGAGAACAACUCUAAUAAGCCGAAACCGCCGGAGAAGGACUACAAGGAGCUGUCUGCUGAAGAGACGGAGAAGAAGGAGUUGUCUGCUGAUGAAACUGCCCGAAAGGAGCUUUGCGCGGAUGGCACGGAAAAGAAGGAAAUGUGCGCCGAGGAGACUGCAAUUCAUGAGGCGCCUGACAAUGCGAGAUAUGAGUUGGAGUGA